GGGCUCCCGGCCAAAGGCGCAGGUGCCCAGCAGCUCGCCCACGUCGGGGCAUCGGGGCUGGGGGCCCUGCCCUGUACCCACAGCUCGCUCCUACCUGCUGGGGCUGCCUCGGGGUCUCUGCAUCCCGGACAUUGCUGCUGGGGGCAAGGAGGUCCCUGGGCUCCCUGCACAGCACGGGAUGGGGAUGGGUGAGCAUCGUGCCCCGGCUGCAUCCAGGCUCUGCCCCUCACCCCGACACUUCUUGUGGUACACGCAGAAGAUGAGGAUGAAGGUGACGAGGAGGAAGAAGAGCACGGCAGCUGCAACCUCCACACAGGGAAAUGGAGAAGUCCCUGUGAAGACACAAGGCGGAGCGUGGAGAGGGUGGUGGGCGCGGGGCAGCGUGGGUCUGGCCGCAGGCAGGGCUGGGGCCAAGCUGGGCUGGUCACAGUGGGGUCGUGCUGGGCUGUACUGGGAGCCCCACUCACCCUGCACCACGAGUACCACCGUGCCCUCACCACGCCGAUACAACUCUUCACUGGUGGCUGUUUUGAGAAACUUCACACUAUAAUAGGUGCCGGCCUCCUCGGGGCAGACAUCUCUGACGAGGAUGCUGAAGUCUGUGCUGGACCCAAUCUCAGUCUCACGAUGGCACAAACACCGAGGGAGUGGGAAGCCUCUGGGCUUGUGCAGGGCUACGUAGAGGAGCUUGGCCAGAGGCAAAACCCAAACCGCUUCCUUCCCUUUUAGCAGGAAGGGUUCGCAGGGCCCCACCAACUUGAGGCACACCGAGACACAGCUUGGAGGGGGACGAAGCCACUCGCCAUGGCUCCGGUGACACAGGCGCUGCCUCUUGCCUGCCUGCUGCUGCUGCUGCUGGGCAGUUCCCCGGGUGCCGAUGCCCAGGCGGGUCAGGGCUUUGAGCUGCACCAGCCCCAGAAGAUAUCAGUGAUGCCGGGGGAGACACUGACCCUGAGCUGCACCGUGACUGAAGGGGGUCCCCUUGGCCCUGUGAAGUGGCUGAAGAUCUGGGGCAGUGGCAAUGAGACCAUUUAUGACCAAAAAGACCCCUCAUCCCGGGGGAUGAGGGCAGUGAAUGAUUCCAGCACAGACUUCACCAUCCUCAUCAAAGACAUCCACCCCAAGGAUGCCGGCACCUAUUACUGUGUGAAGUUUCGCAAAACAGCCACCGGCAAUAAUGAGUUGUAUCGGCGUGGCAAUGGCACGGUGGUGUUGGUGCAGGCCAGACCCUCCAACCCGACUCUGACCAGGCCCAAAUACCGAGUGCAGCCGGGGAAGAAGGCAUCCUUCACCUGCAAGACCUGGGGGUUCUUCCCCAGUGACAUCAAUGUGAAGUGGUACAAGGACAAGACCCUGAUUCAGCCUCAGCUGCCCAAUGUCACCCCUGGGCCAUCAAAGUUCACCUACAACAUGUCCAGCACCGUGACGGUGACGCUGCAGAAGGACGACAUCCGCUCAGAGCUCACCUGCCAGGUGGGGCACACCACGCUGACGGCCCCGCUGACGAGGAGUUACCAUCUGAGGCAGAUCCUGCGAGUUCCCCCCAGCAAGGUUGUGGUUCAGCCUCUAGGCCCCGUGGGGCUGAACGAGACGGUGAGCUUCACCUGCUACGUGCAGGGCUUCUACCCGGGAAGCGUGACCGUCACCUGGCUGGAGAAUGGGAAGGAGAUAAAGACGGCGAGCACCCCCAGGCCUAUUGAGACGCCCGAGGGCUUGUUCGAGCUGAGGAGCACGGUGGCGGUGGAAGCCGUGCCGGAGAAGAACAUAUCUGUGUUCACCUGCCGGGUGGUGCACGAGGGCCAGGACCCCCUCAGCAGCAGCGCCACGCUGUGGGUCGAUGCCUCAGGCCAGCAGGGAUGCAGCUCGGGAGGUGCCCAUCUCCUGUCCAGCCCCGGCCUGUGGCUCUGCAUGCUGCUUGACAAGGCGAUCCUCGGCCUCGUGCUCUUCUUCCUCUUCAAGCGCUGGCAGGCCUGAAGAGAGGCCAGCGCGGCACAGCGAGGCCACCGAGAUGGGAGAGACGCAGGAGAGCGUUGUCA